CAUCCACCUAAUGGAAAAGGGUUUUUUAAAGAACCAUGAAAAAUGCAGCCAACAGCCCCCCUCAAUCUAUCACACCAAAAACCACAUUACUAUAGUUAAAAAGAAUCAAAGGUAGUUUGAGCAUAUUGUACCUGCCCAGCUUUAGCCCUGCACAUUCUUAAUGACAGAGGACAGUCAGAGUACGUUGAGACUAGAGUGGUUGAUCAUGCUUUUAGCGAGCUGCUACAGUCAGAGCACAGCCCCAGAGAGCAGAUCAUCCGCUUUCAGAUCCGAAUACAAUUAACGCGUUUACGAAGAAUUGGACGUACCGGAAAAACUCUGACACAGCCGAGUAAGCUAUUGAAACUAAAACAAUCAUGAAGAUGCACACCGAACAAUGCCAAAUAAUUUACACAAGAUUUGACUUCAAAUGAGCUGCCUUUGUCUCAGUAUCUUCCACAACAUACUGUACCAACCUAAAAACAAAGGUUUAAAUCUAGAGAUUAGGACUGCUAUGAAAGCUAAUUCAGCAAAUAAACAGAAAGCUAAAUAUAUAACAAAUGACUUUUUCCUAAAAUGAUAAUACCAUAACAACAAAUUUAUAAAUACAAACGUAUAUAAACCUCCAAAUUAAUUAAUCAAAAUUACUUAUGCGAUAUGUGAAAUAAUCGAUUUUAAAAAAUGUAUUAUAUCUUACAUUUUUAAAGCACGAAUUUACCUAAUACCCAUAAUAAUCAUUUUAAGAACACCUAGCGUCACUUGACCGGAAGAAGUUGGAGAAAAAGGACGUUUUUUCCGUCAUACUCAUCACUUCCUGUUGUGUUCCGUGGAUGUGUACGCCAGACUUUUGAUUGAUUUUAGUUCUGUAAAUAAUUUUGAAUAUAGUUUGCACCGUAUAAAUAGUGGUUAUAUAUCCAAAUAUUAUAAUAAGGCAACAGCAUAAACAGUCCGACAUUUCAGGAUACGGGGAUUUAUUCGAGGCUGUGUAUUCGUGAGAUCGGGUAGCUACUUAGCUACCCGAGGUACCUAGCUAACAUAGCUAGCUCGUUUGCCAGUCUAGGUCUGUGUCUUGUCGCUGAUUGCUUAAGGUCGGCGUGUGAUUUAAUUUUUUUAAAAAUCUUCUUUGGUUGCCGUAAACAUUGUCUCAUUCUCUGAACCAAGUCAUGGCAGUUGUCAACGAAAGUGGACUCAAGAAAAUGCUGUCAAAGCAAUACAAGUACAGAGACCUGACAGUACGUGAAAUUACCAACGUGAUUUCCCAGUACAAGGAUUUGAAGCCGCUAAUGGAUGCCUACGUUUUCAAUGACGGUUCCACCAGAGAGCUGAUGAGUCUGACAGGAACGGUGCCAGUCAGUUACAGAGGAAAUGUGUACAACAUCCCAGUGUGCCUCUGGCUUCUGGACACCUACCCCUACAACCCCCCCAUCUGCUUUGUAAAGCCCACCAGUGCCAUGAUGAUCAAGACUGGCAAACACAUCGAUGCCAACGGCAAGAUUUACCUGCCCUACCUGCACGAGUGGAAGCAUCCCCAGUCAGACCUGUACGGACUAAUCCAGGUGAUGAUCGUGGUGUUUGGGGAGGAGCCUCCAGUAUUUUCCCGCCCCACAACGCAGAGCCCUUUCCAGGCAUCUGGACCCCCCAAUGCAUCCUACAUGCCCGGUAUGCCAGCGGUGUCGCCUUAUGGGCCCGGGCAUGCUGCCAGCCCAGGUGGGUACCCUGGCUACCCUGGUUACCCCAGUGGAAACUCAUACCCUGCCACAGCUGGCGCAAAUCACUACACCUCCCAGACUCCUGUCACAACUGUUGGCCCCAGCCAGGACGGCACCAUUGGGGAGGACACCAUCCGCGCCUCUCUGAUCUCAGCGGUGAGCGAUAAGCUGCGGUGGCGGAUGAAGGAGGAGAUGGACCGGGCUCAGGCCGAGCUGGACGCGCUCAAGCGCACCGAGGAGGACCUGAAGAAGGGCCACCAGCGCCUGGAGGACAUGGUGUCCCGCCUGGACCAGGAAGUGGCGGAGGUGGACCGGAACAUUGACCUGCUGAAGAAGAAGGACGAGGAGCUGAGUGCCGCCCUGGAGAAGAUGGAGAACCAAUCGGAGAACAACGACAUUGAUGAUGUCAUCGUUCCCACUGCGCCCCUCUACAAGCAGAUCCUCAAUCUGUAUGCAGAGGAGAACGCCAUCGAGGAUACCAUCUUCUACCUGGGGGAGGCGCUACGCCGCGGGGUCAUCGACCUGGAGGUCUUCCUCAAGCACGUGCGGCUGCUGUCGCGGAAGCAGUUCCAGCUCCGAGCGCUCAUGCAGAAAGCCCGCAAGACGGCCGGCCUCAGCGACCUCUACUGAGUCACCUCCACUCACCUCCCACAAUGCACCUCUUUUUAAGACAGGACGGUCUCUCUCAUUUGUGAUUUCUUUUCCCUCUUCUUUUUUGAGUUUAUCUGCACCCCCCUCCCCCAACUCCUCGCCCUCUCCAAUAUGUCACAUUUGGGUGGGGAGGUCAUACCAAGCCCGCUCUCCCACCCCCUCCUCUUUGCUGUUUGGUGGAAGGUGUUCUAAUCUUCUCAGCCAAAUAUAGCCGACUUUUGGGCGCAGAAAACCGAAUAAUCAAACGGUAUCUGCUUCAAAAACAGAUUUCUGAAAUGUAAAGUAGAAUAAUGGCUCUGGGGGAGCAGACAAAAGGAUUGUAGGUUGACCAGUGGCCAGAGUGCAGUCCAGUGAUUUAUAAGCAUUAGCAGCGCGUCUUGAUUGGUCGGCUGACAGGUUAUGUGAACACUAACUCUGCCCUACUGCAGGAAGCUGAAGCUCUUUACUGCAGGAAGCUGAAGCUCUUUACUGUAGGAAGCUGAAGGCUCUUUACUGAAGGAAGCUGAAGCUCUUUACUGCAGGAAGCUGAGGGCUCUUUACUGAAGGAAGCUGAAGGCUCUUUACUGCAGGAAGCUGAAGGCUCUUUUGGGGAACAGAGAGAAUUAUGGUCCCUUGAGUGGGUAAACUGCAAAUGUCAUUUUUACUGGUUAACUUGGCGAAGAGUCACUGCUUUCGGUUGCUGUCACCCAGUCUCUACUAAAUGUCUCUGGAUCUGGUGGCAAAAAAAAACAAACAAACUAAGAACUACACAUGCAGCUCUUUUGCAGCACUGAACCUAACUGACACUGUAACGUCUGUGGGGCAAUGUGGGGUUCAGACUUGGUGUGGGGUUCAGACGCGAUGUGGGGUGGAUGGGGGUGCAGUGUUGGGUCUGUCAGCUCCGCAUGCCUGCCGCUGGGUCACUGGGUCGCUGGGUCGCUGGGUCGCUGGGUCGCUGGGUCGCUGGGUCGCUGGGUCCCUGCUCUUUGGAAAGGGAGCCUGUGACGCCUCUGGGGAAAGGUUACUCAGUAUAAAUUAUGCGCCACAACCUUUCAGGGGACAGGAGACGAACUGUCCGAUGAUAUAUGCUACUUUCACCCUCUGGUCUUUAAAAUGUAGGACUUGCUGCUCAAACUUGGGGACAUUGUUCGUUUUGGAUGCCCUGAGCUUCUGUUUGAGGAUGGUUGAGCCAUUGACAUCACUUCCUGUGUUGCGUUUAGACUUCCUGUGACCAGCCUUGUUGCAUGCAGGAACUGGAUAUUGCGGAGUUGAUUGUGCAGCAGUGCGUUAUUCCUGGUUUGGGCCUGGUUAAGGCACUUAGGCUGUGUGCAGUCCUUGUGUGUCAGUUUCACCUAAAUGCACACAUGCUACUGUAAAGCAUGGAGCAGUGGGUCACAUGGUACAAGGCAGAGUCAAAGUCCUCAGAAGGAAAGGUGUAGUUUUUCGUAUGAAGUUGCCAUUUUAUUUUUCUGUCUUUUUUAUUUCAUUUUUAUUUACAAUCUUUUUUGUUUCUGUGUUCUUGUUCUUUAUAGACAGGUAUGGCAAGUUCUUAUUCUCUCAGAUCUUGCUGUUAAGGGAUACUUUUUUCUAGUUCAGGAUUAAUGUCGAAGACUAAUACCAGAUCUAAAAAAAUUUAACUUCCUCCAAUCUAACUUAUAUCAGGUGAAUAAUAUCAUAUUUUGCAUUUGAACUUUUACUAAAUGCACUUUGUUGGACAUGUAAAAUGGAAAUAUUGUUGUUGGGGAUCCUAUUUAGAAAUAAAAAAAUAAUUUCCAAAA